CAAACAAACAACACAACAUCAAACAAAAACACAAUCUUUUGCUUGCUUUCAAGUCUCUCCAAGAAACUAAAUGGCAUCUUCCAUGAAAUUUCUCUGCAUUCUUGGUCUGAUCCUCCUCAUCGGAACCGUCGUUGAUGGUGCAGGAGAGUGCGGUAGAUCUUCGCCGGACAAUGAAGCAAUGAAGCUGGCUCCAUGUGCAGGUGCAGCUCAGGACGCAAACACCGCCGUGCCAGGAGGUUGUUGUUCUCAGAUUAAGAGAUUUUCUCAAAACCCUAAAUGUCUCUGCGCCAUCCUUCUUUCCGACACGGCCAAAGCCUCCGGUGUUGAUCCUGAGGUUGCCCUUACCAUCCCAAAACGCUGCAAUUUCGCUAACCGUCCUGUCGGUUACAAGUGUGGACCAUACACACUUCCGUAAAAUGUUGACGAUUAGAAGGAUGAAGGAGAUAACACUGGGCUUCAUGUGCAAGCUUGGAGUUUACUACUAUUUCACCAUGUACCGUAUAAUAUAUGAAUAACGAUAAUGUUUUAUAUGUAUCAGUGUGAUUGUUAUUGGACCUAUAUAUCAAUAAAUAUAUAAAAUGAUU